UGCCCCUGCGCCGCGCGCCGCUCCCGGCCUCCAGGAUCAUGUGGUAUACCAGCACCAGGGGGAUGGCCUCACAGGUCGACUUUGAAGGAGCCCUCUUCUCUGGCUAUGCACCUGAUGGGGGUCUCUACGUGCCUGAGGAGCUCCCACAGCUGGACAGAGACACCUUGCGUCAUUGGAGCAAGCUCUCCUAUCCCAGCCUGGUGAAGGAGCUCUGCUCCCUCUUCAUUGGCCCUAAACUCAUUCCAAGAGCUGAGUUGCAUGAUCUGAUUGACCGUGCCUUCAGCAGAUUCCACCACAAAGAGGUGGUUCAUUUGUGCAGGCUGAGGAAUGGGCUGAACGUAUUGGAGCUGUGGCAUGGACCCACAUUUGCCUUUAAGGACCUGUCCCUGAGCUGCACAGCUCACUUUCUGCAAUACUUCCUGGAAAAGAGGGAGAAGCAUGUUGUUGUGGUUGUAGGAACUUCUGGGGACACUGGGAGUGCUGCCAUUGAGAGUGUCCAAGGGGCAAAGAAUGUUGACAUCAUUGUUCUGCUGCCCAAAGGUCACUGCUCAAAGAUUCAGGAACUCCAGAUGACAACAGUGGUGAAGGACAAUGUCCACGUGUUUGGAGUGGAAGGAAACAGCGAUGAACUGGAUGAGCCCAUUAAGGCUGUGUUCGCCGACGUGGCUUUUGUCAAGAAGCACAACCUGAUGAGCUUGAAUUCCAUCAACUGGUCUCGGGUCCUUGUGCAAAUAGCUCACCACUUCUUCGCUUACUUCCAGUGCACCCCUUCCAUGGACACUCACCCCCUCCCUCUUGUGGAAGUGGUUGUGCCAACAGGGGCUGCCGGUAACCUUGCAGCCGGGUGCAUUGCUCAGAAGAUGGGCCUGCCCAUCCGCCUGGUGGUGGGAGUGAACCACAAUGACAUCAUCCAUAGGACCAUCCAGCGGGGAGACUUCUCUCUGUCUGAAGCGGUCACACCAACCUUGGCAUCAGCAAUGGACAUCCAGGUACCCUACAACAUGGAGAGAAUCUUCUGGCUGCACUCUGGCUGUAACAGCCAGGUGACAAGAAGCCUCAUGGAGAAAUUUGAAAGCACGCACACUCUGCUUCUACCCAAGGAACUGCACAGCAAGCUUUUAGAGGCAGUGACAUCUGAGUCGGUGUCAGAUGAAGCCAUCACCAGGACCAUGGCCCGCUGCUGGGAGGAGAACCAGUACCAGCUGUGCCCUCAUUCUGCCGUGGCUGUGAGCUACCAUUACCAGCAGACAGACAGGCAACAGCCCAGCGUUCCCCGGUGCUGCCUGGCCCCUGCCUCUGCAGCCAAGUUCCCAGAAGCAGCCCUCGCUGCAGGGCUGAGCCCCAGCCCACCUGCGGAGAUCCUAGCCCUGGAGCAUAAGGAGACACGCUCUACCCCAAUGCGGAGAGAGGAUAACUGGACACAGAUGCUUCGGGACACCAUCGAGGUCCUGAGCCAGAGGUGGAAGGGUCAGGCAGUCAUGCCCUAGGAAUAGUCUUACUGGAGUUGGUUUUCUUUGGAUGUUCUGAUCCCAGGAGGGGGCGCCCUUGAGCUACCUCGGACCCUUUCUC